UGGAGUGGAGAGCUGGACUUCUCCACCCUGCUGAGCAUCAUGCACCGGCAGCUCCAGCAGGAGGCGCCGGAGGAGGAGAUCCUGGAGGCCAUGAAGAUGGCUGACAAGGAGCAGAAAGGCUUCAUCCUCGCUGCCGAGCUGAGAGCCAAACUCACCGGGCUGGGGGAGAAACUGACUGACAGGGAGGUGGACGAGCUGCUGAAGGAGGCGGGUGUUGGACCUGAUGGGCGGGUCUACUGCGAGCAGUUCGCUAAAGCGGUGACGCGCUCGUCUGCAAAUCGCUGA